AUCCAAAGAAAUUAUAUCAUGGACUAACAAGCGACUUAAAAGUCUAUGGCUGAGCUUCUAAAGUGAUGAGCUUAUCAUGUUGUUGGAGUCGCUCUAAGCAAAAAUCUGGGGAAAAUAAAACUCUUUCAACGUUCAGUCUCAUGGAUCCUCCGACGAGCCCCGCUGCCCAAAACCCUAGCUCUCUCCACUCCGAUUCGAUCAUCUCAUCGCUUCUUUCGUUUCCCGCUUCCACUCCGUUCUCCAUCGCCUGCUCCUUCGAUCGUGAGCUCGAGAAAGCUCUCGCCUCUGCUUCCGACGACGCCUCAGUUCAGGAUCGUCUCCUAAAUCGAACUAUCCAGCUCGCGUCGCUUCUUCUGGACUCCACUGAACGAUGCUUCCGCAAGAGAGCUUCUGCUCACAACUCCGUUGCCUGGGUCCUCCCUCCCGAGCUCACCGUCAAGGUGUUUUCGAAGCUUGAUACAAAGUCUUUGAUGCAAGCGGCUGCGUGCUGCACCAUGUUCAACAAAUGUGCAAUGGACCGUUCAUCUUACGCCCACAUCGACUUGACUACAGCUGAUAAUGAAGUUGUGUGUACCAUGAUCCAUCGUGCUGGUAAAGAACUCAGAUCCAUCAAGCUUGGUCAUGUUACUCGGCGAUAUGGACCUGAUCCUGCUCCUACUUCAAUUUGGUUUAAUGGACCUUUUCUUUCCUCACUGGCCUAUAAUAAUGGUUUUCUUGGGAGUCGCUUGAGAAGCCUACGGCUUUACAAUAUCAGAUGGAUGACCUCUAGUUCCUCAUUCGAGGUGUUCUCAUUUUGUUCGAAUCUCACUGAUCUGAGGAUUGUUGGAUCCAAUUGUCCAUUUAGGCAGCUAUUUAUGACCCUGACCAAAAAAUGUCGUCUGAUAGAGCACCUGUGCUUGGGGACCUAUUUCCCCCUAGUAGGUACAAUGGACGCGUCAACAGUUUCACACUUGAUAGAGUUGGUGACCAAGUCCCCCAACUUAACUUCUCUAACACUCCUAUGUUUUCAACUAACCAACGAAAUGGCCCGGAAUCUUGUUGAGAGUUGUCGAAAACUGAAGUACCUGAAUUUUUCCAGGUCGCCUAAAAUCAAUGGUCAUUUUUUGAGGUGCAAAUACAAAAUGUUAAAUAGGGCAAUUUCAUCCAAACAUCGUUAUUAUCAUAAUUUCAAUAUUGCUGCUGGUAGGGAUUUGGGGAAUAGCUGCAAAGAGAGUCCACUCCAGACUCUAGUAAUGCGCAACUGCGUUAAACUAGAGGAGAAAGAAGUCUUGGAACUCUGCAACACAUUACUCAAAGGAAACUUCAAAUUCAUUCGUCACAUUGAUGUUUCAAGCAAUAACGGCUUAGUUUCUGAUGAUGGCCGGAGAUCUUACAAACCAAAGUUUCCUGUGGAGAAGCUGAAAGAAGAAAGACCAGAUGUGACACUUGUGGCGGAUUUUCCAUUAGAAAGGUCAGGGAAGCGUUAUCAUGUCGGGGUUGAAGGGGAUGACGAAGAACUGAAGGAGAUAGAGAUGAUGGAAGUCGAGAACGAUGAAGAGGAUGAUGAUGACGACUCGUCUGAGGAUGAUGAUGACGACGUUUAGCUUUGAUGAUUGGAGGAGUUGUUAAUCAAUCAAUCGUGGAUAUAUCCGGCACUGACCGACCUUUUGUACAACAUAUAAAUGCUCUGCAAACCUCCAAGAAACUCCCUCCAAAACCCAAAGCUCUUUGUACGUUGCUUGUCAUCAAACCCUAAGCUACAUUGCUAUGAUGUUACUUUUGUUUGAAAUGAUCUUCUCAUUCCUUUUGUUUC